GCUACGUCACUCCGAGCUCGCCUCCUGACGGCACUUCCGGCUCCGAGUCGCACGUGUGGUGGGUGAUACCGGCUUCUGGGGAUCUGCGAUGAAGUGUCACUACGAAGUGCUCGGGGUCCGCAGGGACUGCACCGAUGAGGACCUCAAGAAGGCCUACAGGAAGCUGGCCCUGAAAUGGCACCCGGAUAAGAACCUGGAUAAUUCAGAAGAAGCCGCCGAGCAGUUUAAGUUAAUCCAAGCAGCCUAUGAUGUUAUAAGUGACCCCCAAGAAAGAGCCUGGUAUGAUAAUCACAGGGAUGCCCUGCUGAAAGGAGGGGUGGAUGGGGAGUACCAGGAUGACAGCCUGGAUCUGGUGCAGUACUUCACCGUCACCUGCUACUCGGGCUAUGGGGAUGAUGAGAAGGGGUUUUACGCCGUGUACAGACACGUCUUUGAACUGAUUGUGAAAGAAGAAAUGGAGAGUAAAGUUGACGGCACUUCCGAGGAAUACCCAUCUUUUGGAGACUUGCAGAGCGACUAUGACACGGUGGUCCAUCCCUUCUACGCUUACUGGCAGAGCUUCUGUACUUCAAAGAACUUUGCGUGGAAAGAAGAGUACGACACCAGGCAGGCAUCUAACCGAUGGGAGAAGCGAGCUAUGGAGAAGGAGAAUAAGAAAACCCGGGAAAAGGCACGCAAGGAAAGAAAUGAACUUGUCCGCCAGCUGGUGGCCUUCAUCAGGAAGAGAGACAAGCGUGUGCAAGCCCAUCGGAAACUGGUGGAAGAGCAGAACGCAGAGAAAGCCAAGAAGGUGGAAGAACUUCGCAGACAACAGAAGUUACAGCAGGCUAAGCUGGCAGAGCAGUAUAAGGAGCAAAGCUGGAUGGCCAUGUCUGACCUGGAGAAAGAGCUGCAGCAGAUGGAAGCUCAGUACGACAAGCAGUUCGGGGACCAAUCAGAUGACUACGAGGAGGACGUAACGGAAGCUCCAAAAGAAGGCGGCAACGAAGCUGAAGAAGAUGACUUUUAUGAUGACCUGUACUGUCCUGCGUGUGAUAAAGUGUGCCAGACAGAGAAAGCAAUGAGAAACCAUGAGAAGUCCAAGAAGCAUCGGGAAAUGGUAGCUUUGUUACGGCAGCAACUGGAGGAGGAGGAGGAAGAGUUCAAUACUUCUGUAGCUGAGGAAAAUGGUGUCCAAGAUGAAGAAGGCAUCUUAUCUGAUGAGGAAGAAGUGGAGGAGACGCAAAAGCCAAAGCUUUCCAAAAAACAAAAAAAGAGAAAAAAGCAAAAAUCUCCAAAGGUGCUCGAUGAAAGCUUGGAGGGAGAGACUCCUCGAGAUCCGAAUGCCGAAGUCCAGGAGGAUCUGGAGAAACAGACACCUAGCUCUCCCACGGUGGACGAGGAAACCGUCCUUCCAGACACAGACUCCGCUGCAUCGUCUAAACCCAACGAGGCAGAACCGCAAGCUACCGAGGAGAAAGCAGCACCAAAAGUGACAGGAAAGAAAACCAAAAAUGCGAAAAAAGCAUCAAAACAGGUGGCAGAACCGGACGUUAAAGCGGAGAACGAUGCUCCCUUGCGCUGUAACACUUGUGCAUCCGAAUUUUCAACUCGGAAUAAACUCUUUAACCAUCUGAAAACAUCGGGACAUUCAUUGGCAAUAAACGGCCCCGCCGGGAGCUCCGCCAACAGCAGCAAAACCAAAAAGGAGAAAAGAAAAAACCGAUAACUGUCGAGGGGAACGGGCCAAAGACCUCUCCGGAGCAUUAAACCGCUGCUAACCGCACGCUGUCCGCAGAGCAACGGGCGCCGCGUGCGAACCUUGGUGCUGACGUCCGAUUAUUAAAAAGAACGUAUUGCACAGAUCACUCGUGGAGAUUAUUCCACAAAUACAACCUGGAGCUGUAACUCUUCGUGUUUGCGCUUCACCGCCGGCUUUCCAAUAUAUAGAUCGUGGGGACAGAUGCCCCCCGUCACCCAGAAAACGCUGUACGUCUCCGUGCUCUUACUUCAAGUGUCUUUUAAUAGCUGAUUUUUUUUCCCCCCUUUUCGUGACAAAACCAGUGUAAAUGUGGAUAGUAAAUCAUUUAUUGUGUCUAAUUUAUUUAGCUGGAGGAAUCAUAUUCCACGCAGUUCUUAUUCACUAAAGUGGGAGUUUGCAGGGGUGUAGUGCUUAAGCUCCCCUAACUGGUGCGUAAUGAAGGGCCGACCCUGGGAAGCCUUUCCUGCAGCAUGGAAUAACGCAUAACGCCCUGCUUAAUGCAUAAUUCAGCCAGUCCGGUGUCUUUGAGGAAAUGUUCGUACGUUGUGCAUUGUACAGGGCCUACACAAACUCCCGUGAAUAAACCCCAAUGUGAAUGAAAUGCCUCGUUAUUUAACUUGUUUUGUUUCCAACUUUCGGUUACAGAAGUUUGAUCUCUUGUUUUAUUAGACUCGCGCCAUGUGACUUUUUUCUGUUAUCCACCAACGGCUUCAUAACUUUAUGAUGUUUGUUCUGCUAGGGAAAGCAAAA